UUAUCAAUUAACCACAUAAUUAUUAAUCAUUUUUGAAGGUGUCACUUACACAGUUAUGAAGCUAGUUUUGCUGAGUUUUGUUGCUGCUGCUGCAUUGUGUUGCGUAUGCGCUCUGACGCCAUGCUGUGUUAGCCGGAAGUUCUCAGCAUUAAUGAUGCGCUUGCAGGCGACAUUGCCGACUGGAGCAACAGAUCCUUUCAUUGAAGAUAUAUAUUCGACUAUAGAAUAUGACGCAGAUGCCAAAAUGGAGAGGAUCACUGGACACAUACUCGACACCAGUACUGGUCAACGAUCUGAAUACACCGAGUACAAGGACUUUAAACAUUCAAAGCGAUAUACUGUGACGUCAUCUGGCUGUAUAGUGGAGCCACUCAAUGAACUGAUGAUUGUUCCAUGUGUGGCAGCGAAUUUUAGCAUGCUCCAACAGUACACCAUUGGAUCUGGGGCGCACACGGUGCCCGUGACGUCAUGGGAAGGACCAUAUCUAGGUAGUUUAUGGAUGAAUAUACAUUUUGUCGACGGUUCCUGUGAGCCUGUGUCGCUACAAAUAUACGGCCCUACCCCAGACAACGCGGCCAAACUGCUCUACGCAUACCAGUUUGCCAACAUGAAACAGGGACACCUUAGCAGUAAUGACGUAUUUACCACACCAGACAGUUGUAAACAUGCUAGUCAAACAGUCGGUUAGAACAUAGACAGGAAACAGUUCUUUAUUAAUAGUUUCAUAACACAUGUGUUGAAAUAGUGCUUUUACCUAUCAAAACAAUGAACUAAUGAUUAAAGCCAUUAAAUUGUUA